CAAACUUUGCUACUGCUGCUGCAUUUCCUCAAAGAGCAGAUUUCCCCCAACGAGAGCCCCUCCUCCAGGAGUCCACUACUAGAAUCUCUGUGCAAUCCUUGUACUACAACUCCCUGGCCUGCUUGUUUCUUUGCGCUCCAUCUCGGAAAUUGGACGUUGUGUCGUGGCCAUUGGCUGCUCUUCAAGCCUCAUCAGCGUUGGUGGCACUCACGUGGAGUUUCAAGUAGCGGAGUCUGGCCUAACUUGAUUCCAGAUGAUCGCCAGUGCAGUCCGGCAAUUGGAUGAGUUGACAUCGGCAGAGAAGGCAGGUUGCUUGCAAGGUGGUAGAGAUAUCUUCCAAUUGUACACACAACCACCUGUCCAUCACUAAGGCAAAUGGUCAAUUUUGAAGCUGGGCCUGUUGAAGGAUGCAUUCCCAUUUGCGCGGCCAUCAGACUCUGCUCCGGUUGGUCGGAAAGAGGAGACGCUUGCCUCCGGAAGUCCAGAGCAAUCCCCAAAGCAGCACGCUCGGCCCAAGUGACCUUCCAAAUGUUCCUCCGACGCCCCUGUCGCCUGAAAUUGACAACACCCGCAAAAGUGGAAAAGAGCACACCUGGGUGAAUCUUGGGGGCAAAGAGAAUGCGUCCAGUAGCGAUCAGAGUCCGACGUGUCCCAUCUGCGGCCGGAGCUUGCCCGGCGCUGAUGGCGCCAUCAAUGCACAUAUCGAUGCGUGCCUGGCCCGGGGCUCCGCCGCCAGUGCGAACAGUCGCCCUCCUCGCAAGACCACCCAGACGACCCUCGCCGCCUUCACCAGCCCCAGAGCAAAGCUGGGCCCUGGGUCCAAAAGCCUUCCGAGCACUACCUCUAAAGGGUUAGCCGAUACCAAGGGGUUAUCAAGCCCCCAAACCCCAGGUUACAAGCGGUCGGUCAGCCUGCCAGCCACCCUCCCGCUGAUCGACCCCUGGAAGGACGCUGGAAUAGAACCAGGGGAAAGUCUGGGUGCAAAGAGGAGGAAACGGGCCGGGAGUAGUGUUGUCUGUGACGAGUCGGAGAGCAGGGGGGGCAGGGGCUUGGAUGCAACUGCAAAAGGGGGACUUUGUAACGUCGAUACUGGUCGGGGUUGCUUGGAACCAGCUCCCGUAGGGUCCAAGAGUCGGGAGGCGGUGCCGAUUGCCAGGGGAGUAAGGGACGAGCCCCAGCUCAAAAGUGGCCAUUCGGAGUUCGACAGCCAGGUUGAACGCCCCGGAGCUUUUCAUAGCCCGGUUGUAUUCCCCGGGGGUCCCUGCGAGAAUGGCCUCCGAAGCGAUCCUACACUGGAGGAGAGCUCCCCACCUCCGAACUCGGAACCUACGCACUUGCCGAAAGAGUUGGAUACUUGGGCUGUGAGGCAGUGGCGGUUUGAGGACGCGGCGUCGCUCUGCACUGUCGGACGUCCGAUUCGCCUAGUCCGAGAACCGGACAAUCCAAAGGACGGAAACGCCAUUUUGGUUACGGUUGGAGGCGCUCCAAAAGCGAAAGCUGUGGAUGCGAAGUUGGGGGCCUGGAAGGAGAGUGAGUUGCAGGGGAGGCGGGAAGCUACUUCGGACAGGGGCCCUGCUGAUUCUGGACGUCCGAAACAGGGACUGUCCGAGAAGAGGCGGGGUGCUGAUGAGUCCGGCGAGCUACGAGCUUCUAACGGCUCACAGAGCAACGGGAGUCCUCGAAGAAGAAGGGAGGAAAGCCGAGAAGACAGCCUGGGUAAAAGCGGGGAUGACGUCAGCAACACGGCUCCGGCACCGACAAGGACGAGUCCUCGGAAGCGGACGAAGGAGGCUUUUGCGGCCCGUCAAAUCGACACCGAGCCCGUCCGAGAAGCGAAGGCCAAACAGCCUGCCAAGAAGGGGGGGGUCGACGACCCGCGGGUGAUUGGCUACUUGCCAGCUGUCAUUGCGGAGCACCUUGCCCCGGUGAUGGACCGGUUUGGGACGGCGUUUGGCGGGGAAGUGACGGUGCGUCCGCAGUGCGCCGGCGCGGCGGCGGGCGUCCGGAUAAGGCGUCCGGUGAGUGAGGGAAGGGGCGGCUGUGACGGUGAACUGGUGGGAGGUUUGGAAGCAGGACGGGAGUCGGAGGAUAGGAUUGGGGGACGGUUGGAAGAUGGGCGGGCAGAAGGGAGUGCGUCGGAGGACGGAAGCGGGGGGAGGGGAGUUGGGAGGGAGUGUGGUAGCGGGGAAGAUACGAAGAGCGCCAUUGAAGCAGCGCAUGAGAGAUCUAGUAGAGGUGCGGAAUUGCGAGCAGCAGAAGGCGUAAAAGGAGAGGGUGGAACGGAGAGCGGAACGGGCGGAAGGGGACUUGAACCGGAAGGAGCUCCCUGCUUCGAAGCGUCUGCGGGAGGUCCGAGCGGAGUGGAGGGAACGGAAGACGUUGACCGCCAGAGACACGUGGCAGCGGUUGACUCGCACUGGCGCUCGGCGUGUGAGGCCGCGGCGCGAGCGCGCGCUGCUCUAGUUGCGGACCCGUCCCUGCCCAAGUACCAGGGCAAUUUCUUGUACAUGGUGCGGACGGUUCUGGAUGCGGACGGACACCUGUUUUCGGACGAUGAAGCGGCGCUGCUGCGGGGCAUCGGCGGAGUGAGCGGCGAGGGGCAGCGGUUGGUCGUGCGGCUCUUUCAGCGGAAAGGGCCGUGGUUCCGUGUGAGCAACCUGUCGUAUGCGGACGUCCGCGACGUGCCGAUCGCUAUUCAAGAGCUCCUCAGCCGGGGCUAUUUACUCUCCUCUGUCCAAAGCCCAAUCCCCGGGACCGACUCUGGGCCCGGGGGAAAAUACGAGGCUUCAGAGGAAGCUGGCCCGAGCGUCAUUGAAGCUUCCGGGGCAAACAACCGGGGCAGUGACGGUGCCGGCGAAGCGACCGGUGGAAAGAACCGAGGAACAGAAGAAGUGGCCGGGGGAAAGAACCGAGGAACAGAAGGAGGGCUCGACGCGCGGGCAAGGAGGAGGAGCCAACGGCUGGCCGGAACUUCCGCGGACAGGGAUGCUGAGACCGAGAGCGGCACCGGAUUUUUGGUGUCAGAGGUACAGAGAGGGGCUUCCGGAAGCAUAGGAGGAAUAAGUUUUUCGGGGGGUGGUUCGGAGCCCAGGUGGGAGCCCCGGGCGCCGGAGGUGCGGGACGCGGGGUAUGUUCGUGACCGGGUCGGCGUGCUGAACGUCGGGGAGUUGCGCGAGCUGCUGUGCGCGCUGGGGCUCAAGACGAAGCUCGAAGUCAACGGCGCCAAGCGAGACGAGCUGCUGCGGUGGAUCGUGGACGCGGCGUGCGACGCCCGGCAGACGACGCCCUGGGGCCAGGGCUGCCACGUGGCAGUCAUGGAGAAGGUAGCUGAACUGGCGGGGGAGAGCGUGCGGCUGCCGGAGGGGCUGCACCACCUGCUGUGGCGGGUGCAGCGCCUCUUCUUCCUCAACGGCGAGCAGGACCUGUCGGCCUUCCUGCUGGUCGACAUGGGCCUGUGCAAGUACCCGCCGUACCGCUGCUCGCGGACGCGGCCCGUCUUUCGGACGCGGGCGGAUCUCCUGGCAUACGAACAGGCGCUCGACGUCGCUCAGCGAAUGGACGAGGCCGUCGAAGCAGCCGACACCGCGGCCGCCCUGCGCCUGCUCGCGGCCGCGCGCCGUGGCCUCACUCAACGCGCGCUUUCGGCCAACGCGUCACUGAGGGGCGCCACCAGCGGACGGCAAUCUGCCGGACUCGAAACAGACGGUCAGGAUGCGUCGAGGGUCGGGGCUCCGCCGGGGGAAGAGCGGGGGACGGUAAGACUUGAGGGGGACGCUAUGACUGAGUUCGGCACUGAAGGGGGUUUAAACAACGGCCGGGCGAUGUCAGCGGAGCGGUUUCGAGGGGCCGAGGUUCCAAGCACGGUUGAGGCGUUUUCGGUCGGUCCGAUUGAGGGGACGGAGCCAAUCGGACGGCAGCGAGGGCACUGUUGCUCUAUUGUCCGGGGGGGGGAAAGCAGACUGGGUCCGGAGGAGAUUGAGGAACGGAAGCGACUCGCGGGAGAAAUGCCGAAGUUGGGUCGGGAAGCAGAACCGUGCGACGGAUGUGGGAGGGAAGGACCUGUUCUCCAAUCGGCAGGAGUCGGGUUGAGAGCUGAGCUGGGUUGCCACGUGUCAGGCCUGCAGGGCGACACGUGUGCGAAAGUAGAGGCUUGUACAAUAGCGCACGCGCAGGUAACGGAGCGGUUCGUUGACAGCGCUCGCAAGGUGAGCUCGCAGAAGAUGGGUACUGUUGAGGUCAGGGAGACGACCGUAGUGCACAGGGAACAGGUAGGAGUAGCAGCGAACGCUUUUGAGGCUCUGAAAGGUCAGCACACGGGAACGAAAGUGCCGCUACUAGUUGAAAGUCGGAUGGAAACGGACGAGCGGGUUGAGCUUAACCCGAGUGCUAACCUGGAAGACCGGCAGUCUCCCGAGUUGGGACCGGCGCCGUUGUUCGUCGCACGGUUUGCGGCGGGGUGGGUUUACAGCGUGGUAGCGACGGUCGGGGUGUCGAUACUAGAGAAGGAGAAACGGUACGGCGAGGCGGUAACGGUCCUCCGGCAGUUGCUGAGCGGUAACCAUUCCCGGGGGCGGCGCGGGCAGUGGUGGGGCCGGCUCUCGAUCAAUCUGGAUCACCUGGGCAGGAAGGAAGAGAGCCUCCAGACUGCAGAGGCGGGCGUCUCGGACCCCUGGGUGCGCGGGGGCGACCGCCUGGCCCUGCAACGCCUGCGGCGUGGAAGAACUGGCGCUGGAGUGGUACGCGAGCGACGAAGGGGGGGGUGGGAAGGCGUGCAUUCUGAGGGGGGGGUCUGGUGCACGCUGUUCGGGCUGCUCAUGUGGGAGGUCCUGUUCGCGGACGUCGCGGACGUGUUCCGGACGCCCUUCCAAACGGCCCCUCUCGACCUGGACACGGACGCCUUUUUCCCCUCCCGCGAGGCCGCCAUACUCGAGCGCCUCCGCCUUAUCCAAACCGGUGACGUGGCAUCUCUCCUGGCCGUCCGUUGGGCCACGUCAGCAGGCACGUGGUGCCGGGGUGUAAAUUGGGAGCGGCACACUUUGGAAGAGCUGCAGACGAUCGCGGGUUGCGUGGGUAACCAAGGGUUAGCGGCGGUUUGCCGGUUAUUAGCGGAGGAUCACGCGGGGUGGGCCGGGGGCAUGCCGGACCUGUUGCUGUGGCGGGAAAAUCGGGUGGGUUUGAACGGGGUUCGAUUUGAGGAGGAGCGGGGACGAGUUGGAGGUUUGAGGAGUGAGGAGAGGCCUGCGAGAGGGGUCCAGUUGCCGAGUGGUUUGGAAGCGUCUUGGGACUGCCAAGAGGUGGGUUUGGUCGAGUGCAACGGGAUAAAUACUGGACGAACGACCAGCAGUCAAGAAGGGGUUACCGAGGGUGACGGUGGAAUCGGGGGGCUGAGGGAAGGGGUUGACUUUUGGGUUAAGAGGGAGGCGAAGCUUGUGGAGGUGAAGGGGCCGCGAGACCGGCUUUCUGAGCAGCAAAGGGCGUGGAUCGGAGCGCUCCAAGCGGCGGGGAUUGCGGUGGAAGUGUGCAAGGUGGUGGAAUGCGAAGAAUCGAAGGGGGCGAAAGGGAAGCAAGCGGGAAAGAAGAGGAAAUGAUAGCUCUCCAAAGACUACUGAAUUGUGUAUAUCGAGCGUUAUGAAAGUGCAUGAUGCAGGAUACUCAUACUAGUUUUGCUACAUAAAAUAUCUCUACAAAACGGCGCAAAGGAUACCGCAAACUACAUGGUUCAAUCUCGUUACAGUCAAGUCGUCGAUUAGGAUCAUGCUUGCCGCUGC